CCUUUUAUUUAUUCAUAAAAUAGUGAGUUCUUGUUAUGUGCCACUGUGAGGGUGGUUAGAUAGGUAUACGGAUAAGCAAGAUGUGGUCUGUGAUUUAACUGAGCUUGCAGCCUGGUGAUGGAUACACAACAAAAGAGGCAAUUCUGAUAUAGUAGGAUGUCCGGCUAUGAGUGGAGUAAUUGAAAAGAUUUUAAAUAGGAAGAUGACACAGAUUUUCAUUUUCUAAAGUCCUGCUCUCUUCUGGAGAAGGGUUGGAGAAGAACAAGGCUGAUGGCAAGAUCAGAUAGGAGGCAACUGCAGUAAUAGAAACCAGGGCUGAUAGUGAUCUGAAUUGGAUCUUGGCAGUAGAGAUGGAGAGUAGUGGACUGAUUCAGAAAUCAACAAGACCUAGUGAUUUGGAUGGAUGUAAGGGAUUAAAAGAAAUCAGAGUCAAAGAUAAGCCCCAGGUUCCAGGAGUGGACAACUGAGUGGAUAGUGAUGUCUGUCCUUACAGCCCCAGGACAGUGUCACCUUGGUCUGCAGUCUGAGCACUAGGCCUGUUGGACUUUCCAGGACCAGCUACUCUUUAGUCAUCAUGCUGUUUGUUGACAUCACUACAUGCACCUAGCUUCAAAAAGGCACAUGAUGUGAGGACAGUUACCUUUAAACUUACAGUAUUGACUUUGUCCCCACCUGUGCAAAGGUGGGUGGGUGGUGACUCCCAAAUCAUGGCCAUCUGUUCAUGGCGAUCUGGGUGAUCUACAUUAUUUCUUUGCUUGGAGAACUGGGAGGGCCAGGUUUGCUGACAUCUCUUCAUUUAAAGAACAUGGACGAGAAGAGUAAGGUUUUCUGUCACUCUCCUAUAGAAUCUUCAACCAACAGAAGCUACUCAGCAUCAAAUUACUCUUCUUCAGAGAAGAGACAGUUCCUCACCUGUUUCCUUACAAACCCACACUAUGGCAGCCUCAUUAAUGCAGAUGGCCACGCUGAAGUGUGGACAGAUUGGAAUGAUAUGUCCAAGUUUUUCCAGUAUGGUUGGAGAUGCACCACUAAUGAGAAUGCCUAUUCGAACCGUACCCUUAUGGGCAACUGGAACCAGGAAAGAUAUGACCUAAGGAAUAUCGUGCAGCCCAAACCCUUGCCUUCCCAGUUUGGACACUACUUUGAAACAACAUAUGAUACGAGCUACAACAACAAAAUGCCGCUUUCAACCCAUAGAUUUAAGCGAGAGCCUCACUGGUUCCCAGGACAUCAACCUGAGCUAGAUCCUCCUCGGUACAAAUGCACAGGAAAGUCAACUUAUAUGAGCAGCUAUUCAAAACCUCAAGUUGGACAUCACUGUGUGUGUGUGUGUAAUCAUAAUAACUGCCAAUUUCAGGGUCCAGAAUUCUAAGAAUAAGAAGCUUCAUUUUUCUCGAGUAGAAUGUAGGAGGGAGCAAAUUCUAAGCACAACUAAGAAUUUAGCAGACUGUUUCACUCUCUGAAUAAAUAAAGCACAGAAAACUUU